GGUUGUGCUCCAUCCACGACUCAGAGCCUUUGGAUCUGGAUACUAGACUUCACUGCUGGAGAGAGAUCAGCGAGUCAUCAGACACAUCAGCAACGGGGACAUGCGCCUAGAGAACAAAGAUAUCAGGCUGGCCUCAGCCAUGCUGGAAGUAGAGCUACACCAGACAUCUGCUUUGUCGGUUCCAACUUGCCCAGACCCAGGACGGCUGCUGACCGUCAAACCCGCUACCAGUAACUACAAGCUGGGCCAGGCAGACCCCUGCAUCCCAUAUGCUGGCGAGGCUGCUGGGAAGAACCUCUGUGUUCCUGAACAUACAGAGUUUGGCUCAUUCCUCGUGAAGGGGAGCUCCAGCUUAAAAGACCUUUCUUUUAAGGAAGACACUCCUCUGCUCUGGAAUUCAUCCCAAAAGAAAAGGUCACAUCUCAUGCCUGUUCAUCCCCCAGAAUUCAUAGCUACUGAAGAUUCCUGGGAAAAUGGCCUUACUGCCUGGGAGCAAAAAUGCAUGCUGGGUAAAGAGGUUGCAGAUUUGUCUGCAUUGGCCUCCUCAGAGAAACGGGAUCUUGCAGGCAGUGUCCAUCUUAGAGCCCAGGUCUCCAAGCUUGGGUGCUGUGUGCGCUGGAUGAAGAUCACAGGCUUGUUUGUUUUCGUGGUGCUCUGCUCUAUUUUAUUCAGCCUGUAUCCGGACCAAGAAAAGUUCUGGCAGCUGUUGGCUGUGUCACCACUGGAAAACUACUCUGUGAACCUUACUGGUCACGCGGACUCCAUGAUACUUCAGCUGGACCUGGCAGGGGCCUUAAUGACUGGUGGACCAAGUGGUUCCGGGAAAGAAGAACAUGUCGUGGUGGUGGUGACCCAGACAGACACAGUGGGCAACAGACGGCGGCGACCACAGCAGGUCACUUACAAUUGGACUGUCCUUUUAAAUCCAAGAAGUGAGCACGUGGUGGUGAGCAGAACCUUCGAGAUAGUGAGCAGGGAGGCUGUUUCCAUCAGCAUCCAGGCCUCUCUCCAACAGACUCGCCUCGUUCCUCUUUUGCUGGCCCAUCAGUUCCUUGGGGCAAGUGUUGAAGCACAAGUGGCCAGUGCGGUGGCCAUCCUUGCAGGGGUUUAUACUCUGAUCAUAUUUGAGAUUGUUCACAGAACCCUGGCAGCCAUGUUGGGAGCACUUGCAGCACUAGCAGCCUUGGCUGUGGUUGGAGAUAGACCCAGCCUGACCCACGUGGUGGAGUGGAUUGAUUUCGAGACUCUGGCCCUGCUGUUUGGCAUGAUGAUCUUAGUAGCCGUAUUUUCAGAAACGGGAUUUUUUGAUUAUUGUGCUGUAAAGGCAUAUCAACUUUCUCGAGGAAGAGUGUGGGCCAUGAUCAUCAUGCUUUGUCUCAUGGCUGCCAUCCUUUCUGCCUUCUUAGACAAUGUCACUACGAUGCUCCUUUUUACCCCUGUCACCAUAAGGUUAUGUGAGGUGCUCAAUCUUGAUCCGAGACAAGUCCUCAUUGCAGAAGUGAUCUUCACAAACAUUGGAGGAGCUGCCACUGCUAUUGGGGACCCACCAAAUGUUAUCAUUGUUUCCAAUCAGGAGUUGAGAAAAAUGGGCCUGGACUUUGCUGGUUUCACAGCACACAUGUUCCUGGGAAUUUGCCUUGUUCUCCUGGUCUCCUUUCCCCUCCUCAGACUUCUGUACUGGAACAAAAAGCUUUAUAACAAGGAGCCUAGUGAGAUCGUCGAACUGAAGCACGAGAUUCAUGUCUGGCGUUUGACUGCCCAGCGCAUCAGUCCAGCCAGCCGUGAGGAGACAGCUGUGCGUGGCUUGCUGCUGGAGAAAGUGCUUGCCCUGGAGCAUCUGCUGGCCCAAAGGUUGCACACUUUCCACAGGCAAAUUUCACAGGAAGACAAAAAUUGGGAGACCAAUAUUCAAGAGCUACAGAGAAAGCACAGGAUAUCAGACAGGAGUCUGCUUGUCAAGUGCCUGAUGGUGCUGGGAUUUGUCAUCUCCAUGUUCUUUCUCAACUCCUUUGUCCCUGGCAUUCAUCUUGAUCUUGGAUGGAUUGCUAUUCUGGGUGCCAUCUGGUUGCUAAUUUUAGCUGAUAUUCAUGACUUUGAGAUCAUUCUACACAGAGUAGAGUGGGCGACUCUUCUCUUCUUUGCAGCACUCUUUGUGCUGAUGGAGGCAUUGACACAUCUUCACUUAGUAGAGUAUGUUGGAGAACAGACUGCCCUACUAAUAAAGAUGGUUCCAGAAGAUCAGCGCUUUGCAGCUGCCAUUGUCCUAAUAGUGUGGGUCUCAGCCUUGGCAUCGUCCUUGAUUGACAACAUCCCAUUUACUGCUACGAUGAUUCCUGUACUCCUGAACCUGAGCCAAGACCCUGAAAUUAGUUUGCCUGCACUGCCUCUCAUGUAUGCCCUGGCCCUCGGUGCCUGCCUGGGAGGUAAUGGGACACUUAUCGGAGCAUCCACAAAUGUUGUUUGUGCAGGAAUCGCAGAGCAGCAUGGGUAUGGAUUCUCUUUCAUGGAAUUUUUCAGGUUGGGCUUCCCUAUGAUGCUCAUGUCCUGCACCAUUGGGAUGUGCUAUCUCCUGAUUGCUCACAUUGUGGUGGGAUGGAAUUAACAGCCAGCCGUCAUUUGCAGAC